GAACAGUUAAACGGACUAGGAUUGAAGUAAUGUUCCAUAAGAAGUAUGUUACUGUAUGUCACAUUAAAGGAAACAACUCUACCGCGCAAAAAUCGCAGUAGGCUGCGCAUGACGCAGGUGUUUGCUGAAGAAAAGUUUGGAUGAUCCGUGCAGUAGCAAAACUCUGCGGAAGCGGCGACAAAGGUGCAAAAUAACACAGACUGGACCAUCUGUGUGGUCUGUGCGACAAAAGCUGGUAAAGGGAGAAUCGGUUUUUGGUUAUUUCACCUGCCUGUGCUGUUUCUGAUCAUAUUCAUAUUCUUCCAAUGCUGUUUAGAAAGGAUGAAUGUUUUUUACUUCGCUGUGCUUCUUCUCUGCGCGAUGUUGCAGCGGAGCAACAUGCAAAUUGCUGUACCUGCCACAGUGUUAAACUGCUGUGAAGGCCAUAUUCUCCUUCUGCUGGAUUCUUCAGGAAGUAUAGCAAACUACGAGUUCUCUCGCCUGUUGCACUUUGUCACCAAGCUGCUUCACCCCUUCUCAUUGGGCCGUGGGCACGUAAGAGUCGGGCUGCUGCAAGUGGGCACAAACCCUAACCUGGAGUUCGGCCUGGACGUCCACAGCAACCAGGAAGGUCUGCAGAAAGCUCUUCAGAGUGUCAGCCAGCUGCAGGGAGACACCAACACCGAGGCAGCACUCAGGGUGGCCCAGCAGCUUCUGACAGAAACAGAUGAGAAAGUGCCAAAGAUUCUGCUGUGGCUGACGGAUGGUGUGCAGCCUGGAGACGUGGACAAACCAAUGUCGGAGCUGAAGGAGAAGGGAGUUUCUGUUCUAGCUGUGUCUACAGUACAUGGCAACUACCAGGUGUUACGACGUGCAGUAACACCUCCACUGGAGUCUCACCUUUACUCUGUGGACAUAGAUAACAUCGACAUCAUCACAGAGGAACUGAGGGAGGCCAUCAUCAAAAUUAUUCGUGCAGAACGGCUGCGCGUGGUUCACUUGACUUCCCACAGUGCUGUGCUGCAGUGGCGUCCUGUUCUGAGCCUUGACAACGGUUACUAUGAGCUCUCGUACAAAUCUAGGCGGAAAACGGACACUGAAACUAGACGCAUUCUCCCAGGCGACUCCAGCUGGGUAGAGCUGACCAAACUGCAGCCUGACACCACCUACACAGCUGCCCUCAGCCCAGAGUCCAACCACAGUCUGUUUAACACACUCUCUGUUAACUUCACGACACUUCCUGAUGUUUUAAGCCCAACAGUUGUCUCUGUGUCAGACUCUGGGCCUCGUCAGAUCCGUGUGAGCUGGGGUCCCCUCACUGUUGAGUAUGGAGCUAUUCCAAGCGGACACGUCCACACCGCCACAUUACCAAACCAGCAGAACUCUGCGUUGCUGAGCGGCCUGGAGCCGGGCACUCCGUACCUGGUCACAGUCGGUGCUCUGCAUGUCAAUGGAAAAGAAAGAGCCAUGUCUGUAAGGGCAUGUACUCAAGAGGCAGCUCUGCCAGCUCUGGCCGACCUUCAGUUGACCACAGUGGAGCGUCAGGAGGUGCAGGUAACGUGGAAGGCCCAUCAGGAAGGUUUGAAAGGCUAUUGGCUGAGCUGGGAAAGAGAAUUAUCCCAACACUCUUUCUCAAAGUUCUUCAUCGCCUCCAUGUACCUGCCUCCUACCUCUCGGGCAACGCGUCUUACGCGCCUUGCACCGAGCAGUCGAGUGUGUGUGUCCCCGGUCUAUGACUGGGGCCGAGGAGACGGGUUAUGCUGCAAUGCAGAGAGGCACACACGUUGGCUGAGCUGAAUAUAAUUAACUGUUUUUUUUCUUAAUUCCUGCAAUUAUGCUCAUACAUCACAGGUUUGGUUCAUUAAAGGGAAUUGUAAUUUCUCAUUUGUCUUUCUCUUAGAAAUACAAUCCGGCAAGUGGGUUUAACAACCAGAGUCUGCAGCAAUCAGUCUGCUGGAGCAAAACAGUUUGUGAAAUUGAGCAUUUCAAGUGCGGGAUGAAUCAGAUAUAUUGAGCAGGACUGGAUUGUAAAUAAUAGAAUAAUCAAGUUCAAAUGGUCAUCUUAAAAUGAAUUUAAGUGACAGGAAAGGCUUUAUCUCAUAACCCCAGCCCUCCGUCGUCACAAUGGCAAAGCAAAAUUGAAAAUUUACUUUUAUUACCAAUUUUCCCACCACAGUAUCACACAUUUGUUCCAACACAUCUGAAAUUAUAUGUGAAAAGUUCUCAUCUCUGUGCAAGUAUUCAAAGUUCUUAUAACGUGGUAAAUGUAAAGUUUUGGUUGCAACGCCUGAAAUAAGAUAAGCAUGAGAAAAUGAAUUGAGGCACACUAAACCACAAAACACUGUGUAGAGCUAAAGCUAU